GUGAGAGCUGCUGGGGAUGACAGUUGCUUCAGGCAACCCUGGGGAGGACAGGGUCGGAGGUAAAAAUCACCGUCAAGAGCCUGAGCUGGAAAGGACAUGGAGGGGUACCAUGGUGCUGAGUGUGACAGGGCAUCUGAGACAUCGUCCUUUGUAGAGGAAGAAGAAGAAGAGGAGGAGGAAGAAGAGGAGGAAGAGGAGGAGGAGGAAGAAGAGGAGGAGGAUGAGGAGGCAGCUGUGGGCCCAGAAGAAGCAGAAGAGCUGACUAAUAGUUUAAAAGACCUUAUCCAAAGUGAAGAUGUGAAACCCAAGCUGCAGUACAUCAUGACUAACCCUUCCUUUUCCAUGGUAACAGUUCAAAGUGAAGACAGUGGGAUAACCUGGGAAACCAGCUCAAGUAGAUGUUCUACACCCUGGGCGUCAGAAACUAGUACAACUUCUGAUCUUUACAGCAUGGAAAGUUCACCGGUAGGUUCUCCUCCAGGAAAAGUACUCUUUAUUAUGGAUGAAGGCAAGAUUGUUCGGAAAAGGAAGCACAAACUUUCAAAUAGGGUACCGCUGGCUACAAGCCUGAAGGGAGGUCAGGGCAAUAAAAAACGAGACUCCUCUGGCAUGCAGAGGCAAGAACCAAGAACUGUUCUAGGAGAUGUGCAGGCCUCCGUGUUGAAUGUUGAACAGGUGGAAGCACGAGACCCAGAUGAAGAAAUGUUGGAUGACGAAGAUCUAGAGAACAUCACAGAAGAGCCAGUAAAACGUGCUCCUAUAAGAUCAAUAUUUAGAGAAAGCAGGCUGAGAAAAGUAGGGCCAAUCCUUGGAGGACCAGUACAAGCUAGAAUCCAGCUGUUUAACUCAAUUUUUGGAGGGACUGAGCCAACCCCUGAAACAUUGGACAAAAACAAAAUCCAGAGAAGUAGCUCAGUUUCAGGAGAUUCUGAACAGUUCCUUGAAACAUCAGUAAAAGAAAGAUUGCAAAAGUUCAAUUCACUUUCACAAGCAAUGCACCUAAAGUCUUUCCCAAAAGCAACAAGUAGAAAUCUUGAAACACCAUCACAGAGAAGAAGACAGCAAAGACAAUCCACAGCCCAUGCAAAUCAAAGCUAUUCUUCACCAACACCACCUCUUGAAAAAUGGCUUAUGAAUAAGGGUGAUGCUUCAUCUAAAAAUAUUAAACCCAUGAAAACAAAAGAUAAACCACAUACAUUUUUAAGCUUAGGUGCAGAAACAACUCUUCAACAUGAAGAAGAAAAAGACAGACUCUCUCUCUUGGAGAAUCCAAAUCAGGUGUCAGGACAUUCGCUGAAGUCCUGUCCCCCUGAGGAAGCCAGGAAACAGCAAAGUUAUUCACCUGUGGCCAAAACAUCAGUAACAGAGCAAAAACUGCCAAUUUCAUUAGAGUCUGAUGAUAAAUCAGAGAAGCAACUGCCACUUCCCUCAGCUGAAAAUUCAAACAAGAAACGAGAUGAAUCCCAACUGACAUCACUGGAUCAUCUCAAUGAACCAAAGGAGCAGGAAAUGCAGCCCAAAUCUCCACCACAGUCUAUUUCAGCAGAUUUUGUUAAUGAAUUAGAUAAACAAAGUGUCCCAACUAGUUUGCCUAGAGCAUCCAUGGCAGAACAUCCUGAGAGGGCUGUACAAAAGUCAGCAGUUCAGUCUUCCUUACCUAGUACUCCAUCAGCUAAAUCCAAAUAUUCCACUCUGUCUGAAGCAAGACAGGAGGAUAUUCUUCCUCAAGCAUCAGAAACUGCACAAUCUGAGUCUGAACAUCUGCAUUUACCACAUUCUGUAGAUGAAACAGAGAAGCAACAAACUGAGUGUCACUCAUCAAAUGCACUGACAGAAACUGACCAUUCAGAUCUAUUCCAUUCUUCAAAAAAAGAGAGUCAAAAGACCUUACCUCGGGAAACCCCAAAUGUUCACUUAGAGAAGCAAACAAAGUCCAAACAAGACUUGUCUUCCUCAUUUCAGGAAACAGAGGAGCAAGGUAUUAAGCUAAAUUCAUCUAUCCCUGGAAAGACAGAUUCUAAAUAUUUUGGCAUUUCCUAUCCCACCCACAUAGAAACAGAAGAAACUCAGACAACUUCAGCUACAAAUAAAACUGUAGAUUUGGAUCACUCUGGUCUUUCCAAUGAAAAAAAUAAGCAAACAGAGAAUGCACAAAUGGAGAUAGAGAACCCAGAUUUCUCAUAUUCCAGCAAAGAAAUUGGGCAGUCAGAAAGAACACAGCUAGACAUAGAGCAUCCAGACUUCUCGUUUUUCAAGGAUGAAACAGAGGAAUUGGAGAGUAUACAGAUGGAGAUGGAGCAUCCAGACUUUUCUUUUUCCAGGGGAGAAAUGGAGGAGCCAGAAAGUGAACAGCUAGACACAGAACAUCCAGACUUCUCACAUUCUGUGGAAGAAACAGAAGUAUCAGGGAGUUCACAACUAGAGAAAGAACAUCCAGAACUGCUUUUUUCCACAAAAGAAAGAGAAGAAUUGGAGAGUGCCCAGCUGGAGACAGAGCAGUCAGAUUUCUCAUAUUCCUUGGAAGAAACAGAAGCAUCAGAGAGUUCGCAACUGGAGAAAGAACAUCCAGAACUGCUUUUUUCCACAAAAGAAAGAGAAGAAUUGGAGAGUGCCCAGCUGGAGACAGAGCAGUCAGAUUUCUCAUAUUCCUUGGAAGAAACAGAAGCAUCAGAGAGUUCGCAAUUGGAGAAAGAACAUCCAGAACUGCUUUUUUCCACAAAAGAAAGAGAAGAAUUGGAGAGUGCCCAGCUGGAGGCAGAGCAGUCAGAUUUCUCAUAUUCCAUGGAAGAAACAGAAGCAUCAGAGAGUUCACAACUGGAGAAAGAACAUCCAGAACUGCUUUUUUCCACAAAAGAAAGAGAAGAAUUGGAGAGUGCCCAGCUGGAGGCAGAGCAGUCAGAUUUCUCAUAUUCCAUGGAAGAAACAGAAGCAUCAGAGAGUUCACAACUGGAGAAAGAACAUCCAGAACUGCUUUUUUCCACAAAAGAAAGAGAAGAAUUGGAGAGUGCCCAGCUGGAGAAAGAACAUCCAGAACUGCUUUUUUCCACAAAAGAAAGAGAAAAACAAAAAUAUGGUCCUUUUGAACUGGAACAGUCAGAGUAUUAUUCCCCUGAAGAAACUGAGAAAAGAGAAACAGCAGAACCUGCUAGAGUUCCUUCAGAUUUAUCAUAUUUGAUAGAAGCAGAAAAAGAAAACACUACAGGACUCCCUUUGGCCUGUCCAGAUACAUUUGUUUCUACCAGAAGAGAUGAGACACAGCAAACCGGGUAUAUGGAAACAGCACAUUCAGAUUUACCAUAUCUCACAGAUAAAAGAAAACAGCAAGAAAUGGCACAACCAGAUCUGGAAAAUUCCCUUACAUCAUGUUUUGGUGACAACGGAGAACAGCUACAGCCUGUACAGCAGGAUUCACAACAUGGAGAUAAGCUGUAUUCCCGUGUGAAGUGUGUGCAAGAAGAAACUACUCAGAUGCAGUUAGAGCAUCCGUUUUUGUCACAUUUUACUAGAAAAGAACAGCAACAUGAAACCUCACAGAGGAAAGCAGAACAGCCAGAGCCAUCAUACUCCGCCGGAGAAACUGAACAACAGGAAAUACUGAAACCUAAGUUGGAACAAACAGACUCACCAUAUUCCCAGGAAGAGACAGCACAAGAAGCUGUACAGAGAGACUUAGAAGUUCCAGAGCUAUCACAUUUUGUUAGUGAAGCAGAGCAACAUGAGCAUGUACAACUAGCUUCAGAAAAUAGAGAUGUCUCAUUUACCACUGAAGAAGUAAUGCAAGGAGUAGAGUCAGGGUUAUUGGGGUCCUCACAUGCAAUUGACAGAGCAAAGCCCUGGGAAAUGGUACAAAUGGAACAAGAGCAGUUGCUUCCCUCUUCUGCUGCUGGUAGUCAGCAACAGGAAACACCAUCACUGGAUGUGGUCAAACCAGGUGUAUCAUAUUCCUUUGGCAGAAUGGGACAACAAGAUACAGUACAAAGAGAAUUGGAACAGGAACAGCAAGAAACAAACCAACAAAAAGCUAUGCAAAUGGAGUGUUCAGAUUUGUCAGAAACAUGGGGGGAAGAAGAGCCACGGAUCACAGACCAAGUUAAUUUGGCACAGCAAGAAAUAGCUCAACCAGGGUUAGUGCAUCUGUCUUUGCCAUGUUCUUUCAGUGGUCAAAUGCAAGAAGAAAUGCAAACAGAGCCAGCGUAUGUAGAACAGGCAUUUUAUGUAAGUACAGAAAUGCAGGAGGAAAUGAUACAUUGUGAAUCAGAGCAACCCUUUCUUUCACGUCUUAUCGACAAAACAGAACAACAGGAAAGAGUGCAUUCAGAGUUGGAGCAAACAGUUUUGUCUUCCAGUGGAAGAGAAGCUCCACUGGAAAUGAAAACGAGUUCAGAAGCUGAACAACAACAUCCAACCUUACCAUUUCUUUUGAAGGAAGAAGAGACUACACCACUGGUAAUGGAACAACCAGAUUUUCCAUGGAACAGUGGUGAAGCAAAACCAGGUGACAUUGUAGAGCAGGAGUCAGGACAUACAGAACUUUCAUACUCCAUGGGAGAAACACAACAACAAUCAGAACACUUGGAUUCACCAGAAGCCGUGGGUGAAGAAGCACAACAUGAAAGUAUGGAGGUGGAAUCUAACUACUUGCGUUUGUCAUGGUCAGAUGGCCAGAGAAACCAACAAGAAACUUCACAACUGGAUUCAAAAUAUCCAGGUUUAUCAUUUUCUUUUAGUAAAGAUGAAGAACAAGCAACUCAAAUUUUUGAGUCUAAACAUCAAGAACUACCUAAAGUGCCCAGAAAAAGAGCAUCUCCAGCAACCGCACAAACAGAAUUAAACCAUCCAGAUUUGACAUAUUCCCCCAGCAAAGCAAAUGAAACAGAAGUUGCAACAAGGGAAAUGAAGUAUCCUGAUUUGUCACAUUCCACUAAUGUGUCAAACCAACAAGAAAUAGUAUUGUUGGAUCAGAAAUACAGAAAAAUUUCUGUUGGUGGAGAAAAGCAGCAGCAAGCCACAAAACAGACGUUAGAGCAUGGAAAGUUACCAUAUUCUCCUAGUAAAACAGUGCAAUUAAAACAUGCCCAGGAGGCCUUCGAACCACCAGACUUAGCAGUUUCCAGUGACAGGCCAGAUGAUGAAAGGGCCCCAUCAGAGGCAGGGCAUACUGUUGUGAUACAUCCGCUGAACGACACAGAGGUGCAACAAAGAGUGCAAGACAACAGAGAGCAAACCUACCCAUUUGGAAAAGUAGAACAGAAAACAGUUCAGCCAGAAGUGGAAAGGCCACAUUUGGCCCAUUCUCUGGGCACAGCAGCAGCAGCAGAAAUGGCAGAAGCAGGGCAGGGACAUACCGAUGUGCUUGUGCAAACUGCACAGCUGAAAUCCGAACACUCCGGUCCAGCAUGUCCAGUCACCAAAGUGCAGGAAAAUAGCCAGCAGGUGUUGGAAGAGCCAGAUACAUUGUAUGUUUGUGACAAAAAGCAAAUCCCACUUCCCCAUCAGGAGGUAGGCCAAGCAGGUGUGGCUUUCCCCACCAAUAAAGCGGAGCAGCAAGGGAUGGAGCGCACAGCCUUGAGACAUGCUAAUGAAGAAAAGCCUGUCAACAGAACAGAGCAUCCACAAGCUGCAAAAGAGAAACUAGAAGCACCAGAUGCAUCAUCUCAUAGUGGAAAAUCAAAGCAAAGAGAAAUAGCAAAACCAGAACCGAAGCAACCUGAUUCUUUGUCUUUCAUUGAUAAAACACAAGAAACUAGGCAACUGGUGUUAGGAAAACCGGAUACAUCUUCCUGGCCUGGCAAAACAGAACAAGCAAAAACUGCUCAAGACAAGCAGCUGGGCUUCUUACAUUCUUCCAAAAAAGCUGUGCAAAGUGAGAAAGCACAGCCAAAAUUGGGACAUUCACAGUUAUCUUCUUCUGUUAGUGAGGCAGAAGAAGAAACUGCAUAUGCACAUAUGAAAUCAAAGCAUUCAGAUUUAUCUGCUGGCAGAUUAGAGCAUCAGGAAAUCAUAAAAUCAGAGGCAGAAAUAAUGCAUUUAUCAUGUUCAAUUGAUGAAACGCAGCAUCCACAAACUGCUGAAGUGGAUUUGGAGUAUCCAGAUUCAUUGCACUCCACCAGCAUGAUACAGCAACAAGAAAAAAUUCAAACAGAGCAGGAACAUCCAGGUGACUUUUUGUCAUCUCUCAGCAAAGAGGAGCAAUGGGAAAGUACAGGAAUGCAAGCAGAACACCCUGAGCUGCAGUGCUCUAUGGGGAAAACAGAAGGACUACAAAAUUCCCGAGCAAAAUCAGAACAUGCGUGUUUGUCAUUCUCUGUUGGCACAGCAGAACCUCCUAAGUCAGCACAGCCAGAGCUGGAAGAACAUGACGUGUUUCAUUUUCCUGUCAAAACGAAGCCAUCAUGGACUGCCUCACUGGAGUCUGAGCAUACAGAUGAUGCCAUGGGCAAUGUACCACGCUCUAAUUUGUCGUCUUCUGUUAGUGAACUAAAACAAAGUGCACAACUGGAGGUCAGACAAGAGAGAGGAAGCUAUACGUUACACCCGGAGGAAACAGUACACCUGAAAUUGGGACAGCCGUUGUUUUCAAGCUCUUGUGGCACAGAAGAACUAAAGAAAGCCCUGCUAGAAGCAGAAUUCCAAGGCAAAAAAGAGGAAGAAGAAAUGGGAAAACAAGAGUCAAAGCAUUCAGAUUUAUCAUAUUCUACUGUUAAAACACAGCAACAAGAAACAACACAAGCUGGGCUAGGCCGAACAGAUUUAUCAUCUUACCCUGGGAAAACAGAGCAACCACAAACUGUUCAACUGCAUCAGGACUUGGAGAAUUUCACUGGCAAAACAGAAUGCCAAAAAACAGCACAACCAGAGACUGAGCAUCCUGAGAAAGAACUUUGCAGUUCAUCGUAUUCCAUUUGCAGAGCAAUGUCACAAGAAACAACACAAACAGACUUAGAGCAACAAGAUUUAACAUACGCCCUUGGUAAACCAGAUGAAAUAAAAACUGUGCAAGCUGAACUGAAACAUUCAAGUUUGCUUUCUUCUGGCAAAAAAGAACAAGAAAUGGUAUUGUCAGAAUUGCAACAUCUGCAGGCAUCUUACUCUGCUAAAGAAUUAGAAGAGGAAGCUACGCAUCAGAAAUCAAGCUAUGCAGAUUUGUCAUGUUCUACUGGUCAACAAGAAUACCAUAAAACUGAACAAGCAGAAGUGGAGGAAAUGGGUUUAUCCUACCCAGCUGACCAAUCAGAGCACUUACAACCUGUCAAAGAACAGCAACCAGAGCUUUUGGAAUCCUUUGGCAAACUGAAGGACUCCGUUGCUGAAACAGAGCAAUCAGAAACACAUUCUCUGUCGUAUACCUUUGGCAAGACAGAAAUGCAGGGAAGUGCAAAGCUGGAGUUUGAACAAGCAGAUUUAUUAAGUCCUACUGACAAAGCAGAAAAGCAUCAAAUCGCCCCACUGAGAGCAGGACAUUCAGAGAAAGAAGACACUGGAGUUGCUUCAUCUCUAACUGCUCAGCUGGAAACUGAACAAGAUUUAUCCUUUUCCACUGAGGAAGCAAGGAGCCAAAAAAUUCAAGCAUAUUCACCUCUUACUGAACUGACAGUGUCUUUACCUUUGGGUGUUUCCCAUUCUGUCUCUGAAACAAAACCAAAAGAAAGUCCGAAGUCUGGAGGCCCAUCCCCCAAGCACGUAGAUUUAACUUACACUGCUCAAGCUGAGUCAGAUUUCUUUUUUUCAAGUAAAGAAGCAGAGAAUACAGAAGAUAAUUUGUAUUUGCCUGUGGCUGCACAGUCAGAGGCUGAACAUGUAAUUUUACCUGAAAGAGAGAGAGAACAGACUCCAUGUUACUUCCACAGAGCUACAGAAUUAGGGUCUGAACAAUUAAAUUUAUCAUAUUCUACAGAUGAAGAAAAUCUAGAAAGUCAAGAUUAUUUAGCUGUACCUUUGAAACUGGAGUCUGAACCUUCAAUUCCAUUUUAUUCAGCUGAUAAAACAUCUCAGGAAGGAACUGCACCUUAUUCAAAGCUGGCCUCUGAGUAUUUGGUUCCCAUACAGUCCCUUGCUGAACAAGAAAAGCAAAGCAUGCAGUCACUUAUUCCCCAGUCUCCACAACCAGAAAGUAAACACAUAAUUCCACCAUAUGAUGAAAAAGAAUUGCAAAAAAUUCAGCUCUAUUCACCUAAACCAGCAAGCUUGAAGACAGUAGAGUUGGAGAGUGUGUCUCUAAAGCACACACAAAACCAAGACAAGCAACAAGAUCAAAAUAAUUUGUUGGACCAGCUAAGAAGUCCCUCCAGAUUCACUACUAAUCAGAGUAAGCGAGAAAUGCAACCUGAUGUGCAAGCAGUGCCAAGUUUGGUGACUACAGAGUCAAGCAUGACUGCUGUAGCAGACCAGCAAGCAGCAGCAUCAGAUUCAUUUACAACUGAAAAGUCAGUAUCAGCGGUUUCCACUGGUUAUGAAGAAAACCAAACUAUCCCACCAUCUUAUUCUGAUGUAGUAGGGAUGCUUGGAAAGCAAUCUAAUAUAUUUUCAAGUGUUUAUACUGAACGAGAGGAGAAACAUGAAAUGCAACAAUCUUUUGCAGACCAAAAGCAUAUAGCCUUAGAGCAUCCAGGAGCUGUGUCAACAGAUCCAUUUUAUGAAACUGCAACACACAAAACUCAGCAUUAUUCUGGUGACUGGGAGAGCCCUUCUUCAGAGGAAAUGAAGCCCAUUAGCUCUAGUUCUGAUGAAAAACAUAAUCCAGAUAUUCCAUCUUUUGGGAUAGCAAGCUGGCUGGCAGAAGAGGUAAAGUCUCAAUCAAUUAGUCCAGCAAGAGCUGCAGAGGUAGACAAGCAAGAAAUCCAUCUGUCUCCAAAUGAAACUUCUGAUUUUGAAUCAAAGCAAAUACCAGUAGCCCACUGCACAGAACUUACAGUUCAUGGUGCUACAAAAAAUAAAGGGCAUGUGUUUAGUGUUUCUCAUUCCGUGUCAAGUAAAAUUUCCCAUGGAAUACCCUUAGACACUACUCACAGAACUCAAAGAUAUGAUCUACCAUCUCAGGCAAGAGAUAAUGAAGGUCCAGACAAAGCUCCAGAGUAUGAGACUAGAAUUGUAACCCAUACAAAUAUAGAAGCAAUACAAGAUCCAGAGGUAGACAAAGUCUCUGAAGUGCCUGCACAUUACUUCAGAGGAGAGAAGAAAGAAAAGGAUCAUGCGAGCACUAUGGAAGACAAUCAGCAUGCUCCAGAGACUACUGAACAGAAAGAUCUAUUUAAUAUCAUUUCAGAAGGUUAUGAAAUACUCAAUAUUCAUGCUCCUAAAUAUAUUUCUUCUGUUGAUCAAGAAGAAAGUAAACACAUGCCAGAUAAACUGGAAUACUUAGAAACAAAUCUUUCAUCUAAUAGAAAAUUAGCUGAUGAUGGUUGUAGAGCCCUAGCUGAAAGUUCUGAAAGUUCAGUCUUAGGAAAGCCUGCAAGCCAUGAAAUAAAAGAAUUGGUUAAAAAUGAUGAUGUUGAGGAACUUGGAGAAACGCAACAAGAAAAUCCCAUGUUGCCAGAAGACAAUGACAAUGCAGAGUUGGAUCCUAAUAAUGGUAUGGCUGAUAUGGAUUAUUUUGAAAAAUAUACAUUGAUUGAUGACAAAUCCCCAAUUAAGCCACAUUUUGAAAGACCACACUCAUUGUUUCCAGUGGUAGAAAAUCCCAAUGAACCUGUGGAAGAAGCCAUGUCUUUAAAAGAAAGCAUUGAAGUAGAUACUUUGGAAGAGGAGUUUUCCUUUCUUGAGGAUGUGGAUGAAGUCUUCUAUGGUACUGUGAAAGGAGAAAGCAAAAUGCAGUCCUAUGUAGAUGUUCCAAAACCUUUACCUCUGCAGAAAUCAAUUGAUACUAGCAGUAAAAAGGUUACAAAUGUAGAAGACGAACGGAAGUCACCAGGGACCCCACUUUUUGAUACAGAAGAAGGAGUACUGGAACGAUCUCUGCUGUUCCCUACCACUGUUGCUGCAGUUAAUCCAGAGCUUCUAGAGGAGCCACCUGCUCUGUCAUUUUUAUACAAGGACCUCUAUGCAGAAGCAGUAGGAGAAAAGACUAAGGAUGAGACUCCUUCUGAUGAGGAAAGUGGUAAAUCUAAUGCAUCUUUCCCAAGCAGAAAUUCAGACACAGAUGAUGGAACAGGAAUAUAUUUCGAAAAAUACAUUCUCAAAGAUGAAAUUCCAAGUAAGGCCACAGGGCCUCUGAAGGAUGAGAUACCAGACGAUGAGUCAUUUAGUGGAGAAAUUUCAGUUCAGAGUUCAGAAGACAAACACAAGCAGGGGUCUGGUGAUGUUCAGCAUGUCAGAACUGAGGUUCUACCAGAAAGAAGAGUUAUGGAGAGAGAGAAAGUCCAGGCUGACAGUGACAUUCAAGCAACAAUUUGUAAACCAACACAUGCCAUUCCUUUUGGAAGCAAAGUAAUUCUUUCAGGUGUAAGAACUGAUACCACUGAACAAAGAGAAGAAGAAAAUGUACCUGAAGAAAGUACUGAGGAGUUGCCAGAGCAAUCGAGUCAUGAAGCAUAUAGUCAACCAGUGGAAUAUCAGGGAGCCACAUAUCAAGAAGUUGAUAAUAAUCAGGAAGAAUGGUAUGACACAACAGCUGUUCUUCAAACGGAAAAAUAUGUCCCAUAUGUCAGGACCCCUGUUGAAGACACUGAAGAUGAUCAGUAUGCUCAUGAAAAUCUUUCCUGUAUCCCUGCCAUUCAGCAAACAGAGAAGCUAGACUUGCAAAGAGAGGAGCAGCAUCCUGAUGUUUAUGAAGAUCUCGCUGAAUCAAUGGACUAUGAUGUGAUUACACAAGAAGAACUUUUGCAAGAUGAAAUAUCGUCUCAAUUAACACAUGAGGAGCUGUUGUUUGAAGACAGGGACUCUUUUGAUCAUGCUGGUGAUAGUUAUGAAUUAGUUAAUGAGCCAGGGCAAAAGACACCUGUUGAGCUUGAAGAUUCAGGCUUUGUGGUGGUGUAUCCUGAAAAAUCAGCAACGAACAUUCCUCAGACUGAGAGCCCACAAAGAGAAUUAAAGAAAGCACAAGCAGACACAUAUUGUUACCACUGCAAAUGCCCAAUAUCGGCUAUUGACAAACUUUUUGGAGAACAUAAAGACCAUGAAGUCACAACACUGGAUGAUGCUGCAACAAAGAUGAAGGAUAAGUUAAGUGAAAUGCUAAAAGCAGUAGAAGAAAAGUCAAUAAAGAUUGAAGAUUUUGUGAGUGAUAUUGAAUCACUAUUUAACUCUGUUGAGGAAAACUGUAAGAAAAAUGCAGAGUUAUUGGAAAAGCAGAAUGAAGAGAUGCUUAAGAAAGUGGUAGCACAAUAUGAUGAGAAAUCAGAGAACUUUGAAGAAGUAAAGAUGAAGAAAAUGGAGUACCUGUAUGAGCAAAUGGUGAACUUCCAGCAGACUGUUGAUUUGGCGAAGGACACUCUGGAUGCAACAGUAAAAGAAAUGGAAGAAAUUGAUGGAUUCGUUUUCCUAAAUUCAUCUAAAGAAUUGAAUAAAAGAUUACUUUCUGCAAUGGAUACUACUCUCACUUUAGAAAAGGUGCCCAGUGCUUUUUCACUAUUUGAGCACUAUGCAGACAGCCCAGGACAAAGCAACCAACACUCCUUAAAACAAGCGGCUGUCCCACAGACACCAACUGUCAUACCUCAGGAACCAAAUUCAGCCACCAGCACCUCCAUUGCCAUCUACUGGGCUGUGAAUGAAGGGGAUGCCAUUGACUGCUUCCAGGUCUACUGUAUGGAAGAGCCUCAGGCCAGCAAAGAUGCAGGGGCUUUGGUGGAAGAGUACAGAGUGACGGUGAAGGAGAGCCACUGCGUUCUGGAGGACCUGGAGCCAGAUCACUGCUACAGUGUGUGGGUCAUGGCUGUGAAUGGCACAGGCUGUGGGUUACCCAGUGAAAAAGCCAUUUUUAAAACAGCACCUGCCAUCCCCACCAUCAGAGCUGAGGACUGUACGGUGUGUUGGGACACGGCCACGGUCCGGUGGCAGGCCAGCUCAGCGUCAGUGGAGUCCUUCAGCCUGGAGUACUGCCGACAGCACUCACCAGAAGGAGAGGGUCUGAGAUCUUUUACUGGUAUACAGAGACCUGAACUGAAAGUAUCCCUGGAGCCCAAUGUGAACUAUUUCUUCUACUUGAGGGCUGUCAACUCAUUUGGGACAAGUGAACAAAGUGAAGCAGCUCUCAUCUCAACUAAAGGAACUCGAUUUCGCCUGCUGAGCAACACAGCCCAUCCUGCUCUGCAGAUCUCCUCCAACGUGAUCCGCCUGCCUGAGAAAACCAAGUUCACUGGGAUUCCUUCAGUCCUGGGUGAGCAGUUGCCUGCCCGGGGACGUCAUUACUGGGAAAUCGUUGUCUCUGCCUGCAGAAGCUACAGGAUUGGGAUUUGCUAUGCGGCAGUAUCACAGAGUAGUGUCCUGGGGUUAAAUCAUGCCUCCUGGUGCAUGCAGUGCUGUCCUACACAAACCAGCUUUCUUUACAGGUUUCUUCACACUGGUGUGAUGAGCGAUGUCCACGUGACAGAACAGCCAGCCAGGAUUGGCAUCCUGUUGGAUUACAGUGGCAGCAGACUGUUGUUCUUCAAUGCAGAGAAAGGACUGGUGCUGUUUGCCAUUAGGCACAAAUUCACUGAUGCAGCUCACCCAGCCUUUGCCCUGGAGAAGGCUGGGGUGCUUACCCUCCGCACAGGAAUGGAGCUGCCAGAGUUCGUGAAGAACAGCUAAUCCCGAUUCACAGUCUCAGGGAAACUGACAAUUUAGAGUAUAUGGGGAUAGGGAGGGGAAAGGAGGUGUCACCAAGGGAUGCCUAAUCUUCAGUGAAUGCCAUGCACACAGCUCUCCCGCACAUCAUCAGCAACCGUAGUUAGUGCUCAGUCACGCAGCCACCCUGAGCCCAGGCACAAGAAAAUCGACUCCUUCAGAUAGAGUGUGCACCUAGUGAUAUACACAGAAGUCCUUUUGAGGGGGAAAAAAAGUUUUGUUAGAUAGGAAGAUUAAGGGGGGGAGGAGGGAAAUGUACUUUCUCUCUGGAAAUAAUGACAACACUAGUUGUCUUUUUAAAGUUGAUGAUGAGCCUGUGUACAAAAUAAAUUCCUCUCUCACUGCAAUACACGAAAGCCAUCAUUUCGUCAUUUGCCAGGACAGCUGAAGCCCAAAUCUAAGAUGAUUAUGUUUGAAAAAUAUGCAGAAGUUUCAAAAACUGAACAAUUCUGCAAGUUAAUAAAU